AUGUCUCCCCGGGACCCCGACGCCGGGUCCAUAGCCCCCGCCACGGCCUCCCCCUACUACCUUCGGCUGGACUUCUUCAGCGUCCUGAUGGAGCUGCUGAAUCUGGUGGUCAAGCUGGAGAACUCGUGCGCGGAGGCCAUCGCCUCGGCCACCGAGCAGAAUAAGGACGUCUCGGUGGCAUACACUGUCGGCACCACGGCCACCGUGGUGUCGGGGCUGCUGCUGCUAACCCCCCUGGCCCCCCUGGCGGCCGGGGUGCUGGUGGCAUCUGCGGCCACCACCCUCGGCACCGGCAUCACGGACUUCGUCAUGAACAAGAACCGCCAAAAGCAGAUCAUCGAAUGGGCCGAGUCCCUGCGCGUGUGCUACCUGAAUUACAUCGAGUGCUCGCUGCUGGUGCAGCAGCACAUGGGCCGCGUGCUUUUCCCGACCACGGCCGAGGUGGGGUCGCUGUCCAAUCAGCAGCUCGGCCUGUGCCUGCUCCUGUCGCACGCCUUCCUCGGGCUGGAUGCCACGGCCGAGGCCGGGCCGGCCCUGGACACGCUGCUGGGCGAGUGCCGGCGCCUGCAUGCCCUCGGGCUGAAGCGCUCGCCACCGGCCGGCCCCCCGGCCGGGGAGGCCCUCACGCAGCCGGGCAGCCCCGGCACCGACAUGUCCCUCGAGGUCCUCCUGCGUGGGCUGGCCAUCGCGGCACACGAAGACCCGGCCAUCGCCCUGGCGGCCCCGAGCCUGGCCGACACGGCGGCCGUCUACCAGGUGGACAUCCUGCCGCGCGUGGCCCUGGUCCUGCUGCGCGUGGUCUUCCAAUUUACGGAGCACCCCCUGCCGGGGGACUUGUCCACCGUCAACAUGGACACCGUGACGGCCGACGCCCUGGUGGCGCUGCUGAAUGCCGGCGAGGCGUCCAAAACCAUGCUCCAGCGCUUUGACAGCAGUAACUUCACCCUCAGCGGGGGCCUCACCUCGGCGGCCAUCAUGGCCGGCCGACUGCUGACCCCCUACAUGCUGGUGUUCGACGUGGUCAACUGCUUCCACUCCUGGAAGAAGGACCCCCCCACCCUGAAGUCCAUCAAGGACCUGGGGGCCACGCUCACUGCCCUGCGCACCGACAUCGACUCGCGCUAUGGGGCCUUCCUCCAGCGCGAUGUGGCCACCGGUGUCAUCAAAAUCAACCUGCCAGUCGAGGAAGAGGAGUGA